AUGCUGGUGUGGGAUCAACAAUUAGUGUCAAACAUUGAUACAAGCGAUCGACAAAUAUGUAAAAAUAAAAAAAUGAAGCUGCUAGAUAGACCAAUUCGUAAAUUUUCUAUCGUUCUUAUUCAAUGCUUAUCCGAUUUUACUGUUAUUUUACCUGUUUUACUAACAGGUAACAUAGUAAAAAUGAAAAUCGACAAUCUAUGUUUUGUUUCAUUCGACAGACUUGAUCUUGUAUUUACUAUGAGUGCACUGACAUUCGUUGUAUCAGAUGUGAUUCUCGCUGUUUUAUAUCGUCGUUUAGUAAUGUAUGUUCGUCAAACUUCAUCAAGAGUGAAUGGUAACCAGCGAUUACGAAUCCAGCGAGAUCUGGCAAUGAUGCGUCGUAUUGUAGUGCUCCACGCUCAAUUGGUUCUGGUUGGUAGUCCAGUUUUUAUUGAACAUAAUACGCAGUGA